CAGUGUCAAUUGCUCUGGCAGCCAUUGUGCAAACUGCGUCAGUGCGUCAACAAAUCGAAAUUUCUUGAAAAUUCCUGUUUAUUUAUCAUUGUGCAAUAGAGUAAAUCAUAAAAUAAUUGAUUUUACUGUUGGAACAACACCCCUGGUCCCUCAAAAUGUCUUUAAAUACGGCUCACGCCGACCAUGGCGUAUUGAUCCAUGCAGGAGAAUGCAUCAUUCUGUUUUCGGACAAUGUAAGUGUCGAGUUCUAUGGUAAUGAGAAGCCGGAGUUCAAAAACGCGAAGAAUGGUCGUAUGUACCUGACCACUCACCGCAUGAUCUUCAACUCCAAGAGCAACUCGGACCCGCUGCGUUCAUUCAGCUUCCCCUUUAUUUCUCUCGAAGAUGUGAAUGUGGAGCAACCAAUGUUCUCAGCUAACUUUAUAAAGGGUAAAGUGCGAGCUCAACCCAAUGGCAAUUUCAUUGGAGAGGUGAAGUUCCGCCUCACAUUCAAGUCCGGAGGUGCCAUUGAGUUUGGAACCGCCAUGCUGAAGGCUGCACACUUGGCCUCCCGCCACAUGUCAUCGGGCGCGCCGCCGCCGCCCUACUCGCCGCCCACCGGCCCGUGGUACGCCGCGCCGCCGCCCGCCUACCAGCCCGCGCAGCAGGGGUACUAUGGAUGGGUGCCGCCUUACUCUGCUUUCCCAGACCAGCCGCCACCGAACUCCGUCUUCGUGUCUCCUAGCCCGCCGCCCUACCCUGGCGUCGGCGGCGCCGGCUACCCCGCGUCCAAUGGGGCUUCGGGUAUGAACGGCGCUCCUCCCGGCUACCCCGGCUACCCGGGCGGCGCGGGUGGCUUCAUGGGCGCCCCCGGCGGCGCCACCGCGCCCCCCGGCUACCCCGGCGGCUUCGCUGCCCCGGGAGCUCCGGCCGGAAUGUCGAGCAAUGAUGCUAAGGCUCGCGAGGCGGCCGCCAGCGCGUACUACGACCCCAACCGACCCCAGACAGCCUACGUGCCCCCGCCUUAUGACCAGCCCCCGACCUAUCAGGAGUCUACUUCAAAGAAACAAAACUAGGCCCUUGUCCUCAUUUCCAAAUGCAACAAAAAGCUGAGGAAAGUAAACUGAGCAAGUAAUAUACGUUCUACAUUUAUUUUCUGUACGUAUUAUUAUUUGUCAAAUAGCACAUCUACACCGUGUGAUGUUUUAAUUUACGUAUUAUAAGAUACAUUCCUUAUCUAAACUCGGUCUUAUAUUCUAUCCGAGACGAAUAAAAUAACAGAGUGUACUGAAGAAAGUUGACACUCAUUUCUAAAUUUAAUAAUGUUAGCGUACCAAGUAGCAAAGAAA